AUGUCCAGUAAACCUAUAAUAAAAGUACAAGAAGAUAUUUCAGCUUUAAAACAACUAUUAUCAGUAGUCUCUAAUACCUUACAGAGAAAUACCUGUGCUGUAGAAAAACUCAAACGGGAAAUGACAAUGGAAUUGAAGAAUUCUGAAAUGGCAACAAGAACUAAAGAUACUCCACCUGGUUUACAGUAUGAAAAUACAGCUCCAACUUUAUAUUUCCAAGCAUUAGUUGAAGAUUUUGAGAAUAGAAUGGUAACCUAUAGACAACAAAUAGAAGUAUUAGAGAAUCACUUAGCCUCAUUAUAUCAACCUAAUAGACAUUCUCCAGCAGAACUAAUCGCCUUACUGAGGAAAUUACAUGAAACUUUUAUUGCCUUAGCUGCUAAUCUGCAGCAGGUUCAUGAAGCAGUGAAGACAUUAAAAGAACACUAUUUAAACUACCGUAAGAUUAUCCAUGGUGAUAACAGAAAUAUAUUUGAGAAACAACAGAAAGUUUCAGUACGACAAACUAAUUAUAGAAAUAUAGAACAAACAGGACCUAAUCCAUUUACUGGUGUUACUAAUGCUGCAGCAGUAGCAAUGGCAUCUGUUUUAACAAGAUCACAACAACCUGCUGGUAAAUAUAUCUCUUUUUUUAAUCUUUAA